CGGUCACGUGGUGCGAGGUCCUGGUAGCCAUGGUGAUGCAGGACGCAUGAUCAGCUGUCAUCAGGCUGUGCGGAGUAUGGAGCAGAGCCCGGGACCUCCCGAUCAUUAUCAGCUGAUGGAGGAACUGCAGGCGGAGCGGAGGAUGAAGGAGAUGUUACAAGCGUCUAUAUAUGAAAGAAAAAAUGCAAUUGUGGACCUGGAAAGGAAACUGAGCAGUGUGGGUGAUGAAGGCAAUGAAUGGAAAACAAGGUAUGAGACACAAAUUGAACUAAACAGACAACUAGAACGUCAAAUUCAUAUGCUACAAGAAAAAUCAGAACACAUCCGAGGCAAUCCAACAGAUCGUCUGUCAUCCAUUCGCUCUUAUGACCAAAUGCCUGAAGGUGCGUUAAACCAGUAUCUAAAGCGAUUGGAGGAUGAGAAGACUUUAAUAGAAAAUCAAUUAAAAGAUUUUGAACUUCGAAUAGAACAAGAAGCAAAGGCUUACUACAAAGUUAAUGAUGAAAGAAGAAUGUAUGUUUCAGAAAUUUCCCAGACCUCGGUCAUACAGGAUGCUGUUAAGAAACAGCCAGCUGAUGCAGUACAUGUCACCAGGGGAAAUCCAGGCAAUAAAGUAAUGUAUAAUGCAUCUGUGAACCAAAGAAUGUCAGAAAAAAAGAAAAAGCCAAUUAAAAAGACUGUAAAAGUUUCUUCCAAAACAAACCUAGAACGGUGAAGCUAAGGAGUUUUUGGAGGCAAUGAGAACAGAUUUCUUCAUAUAGUUUAAACCAAGAGGCCCAUUGUUUCUUUCUAUCCGAGAAGAACUUUCAGAAUUUAUGAAGCACUAAGAAGACAUAGCAAAUGUGCUGUUAUAUCCUUAUCCAGGGCAUGUUAUCUGGCCUUGCCAAGAACCAUGUAUGGACAACUGCUACCAAAGGCCCAUCCUGUAAAGAACCCGGUACUCACAAAGGUUAUUGUACUUCCUCAGUUUGGCACUGCUUCCCCUCCUUUUAGCAGGCAAUCAUUACCAAGGGAUUAAGCACUGCUUCCCCUUCUUUUAGCAGGCAAUCAUUAGCAAGGGAUUAAGCACUGCUUCCCCUCCCUUUAGCAGGCAAUCAUUACCAAGGGAUUAAGCACUGCUUCCCCUUCUUUUAGCAGGCAAUUAUUACCAAGGGAUUAAGCACUGCUUCCCCUCCUUUUAGCAGGCAAUCAUUACCAAGGGAUUAAGCACUGCUUCCCCUUCUUUUAGCAGGCAAUUAUUACCAAGGGAUUAAGCACUGCUUCCCCUUCUUUUAGCAGGCAAUUAUUACCAAGGGAUUAAGCACUGCUUCCCCUCCUUUUAGCAGGCAAUUAUUACCAAGGGAUUAAGCACUGCUUCCCCUCCCUUUAGCAGGCAAUCAUUACCAAGGGAUUAAGCACUGAAGCACAGGUCUUGUUCUUCCUUUGGAAUGGAUGGGUGAUCUGUGUAUAUGAUGGACCUCAUUUUGAUCUGAACACAAGCAAACAUCAGUGCGUGGAUCUGUGUGUGAGGAGGUGCAGCAUGGUGUGGCUGCAGUAAACACUCUGUCCAGAUUCAGUAACAGAACUGUAUUGUAAAUGUAGUUUAAAUUAGUACAACUGCCUCGGCAUAAAGUCAACUUGACCAUGCACACUCAAUGUAUGUAGCAGGAAACAGUGUAGCAGCAGGUCUCGGAUGCACUGACAGCGCCUGUCUCAAGGGAUGGAAUGCAGCCUGGCUGGUCUGUGCCCAUACAGGGAGGGUUGGUGUGUCCUUGCUUUUUCCCUACUCAUCUGGAGCCUCUCCUUACCACUAUGACUGUUCCUGACAGAUGGGUGACCUGACCCUACACUACCCACAUGCAAAAUGCGUAGUAAGCUCGGGAGCCAGAACCAUAAAUAGACUCUGUCUGACCCAAGAUGGCCUCCAGAGUCACUUGGGGCAGCAGCAUCCAUCUGGAUAGCUUCCCCAGUGACCCAGGAAACCAUAGAGGAAGCAUGUUCCUCCUGACUUAAUGUCCCUCUGCAAUUCCGCUGCGGUUCAUUGCCACAUGCAGUGGAGAAAGGUGACUGCACCUGCCUACAUGUGCCUGGCCCAUGUCACUUAGGCAGCACAAUCAAGGAACAUAGCAGUGAAUUAUUGGAGUGCCACUGACCUUGCUGGUUAAAAAGAUUGUAAAUUAUACACAGAUUACAAAUCUGCUGGCUCCAUAAGACUCUGAAUAACUAUAUGGACACUAGAAUAACUGUUACUGAAAGAUCAAACAGUUGUUAAUUCGAUAUAGGCAAGUAUAAUGUCCAAUGCUGUGCAUAAGUCACUGGUAGUCUGCCACCAUGUGCUAAUAUUUGGUGCACACUAGCACGUCAUGGCUAAUGGCUCCUGGAGAUCCAUUUUUUUAAAUGGUGGAGAUUACAUAUUGCUAAAGUGGAAUUAAUGUACCUGUGCCAAUGAUUACACACUGUCGUUCUGAAUCAGUCAUUCAUGCCCCAACCAACCUCGGGCGGUUAUGAAUCACUACCCAAGGUCGUUCUGUGCAUCCACUGCUAGCACAUCAAUAAAGUAUGAACUAGAGCCUCUAGAGCAGGGGUCUCAAUCUCAAAUUACCUGAGGGCCACAAGACAAGUUUUCAUAUGCCAUGGGGGGCCGC